UCUUUUAUGCUCAUAUUUUUUUUUAGAAAUACCCAAGGGAGAAAUACGUCCCCCUGGUUUAGGAAAGGAGGCAAUAAACGUCGUCGUUAUGUUGUUUCUUUCCGGAAGACAAUAGAGAAGGGACGGACUCGAUUUAUGGAGUUUCGAGGAACAAAUUUGUUGUGAGAGUUUCUCUCCGAGGCUGUUUGAACAAAAUGAGGAGUUUUCGAGCAUUUCUGAGCACAACACUCACCUUGGUGGUACUCGAGGUCUGUCUGGUGUGUUGUGAUAUAACGGACGGAAACGCAGAACAUCUGAAAAGAGAGCACUCGUUGAUGAAACCGUACCAAGGUGUUGGCAACAGCCCGAGCAGCCAGUGGGACUUCUGGGGAAGCACGUUGGUGACUGGUUCUUAUGUUAGACUUACUCCAGAUGAGAGAAGCAAGCAGGGAUCCAUCUGGAACACUGUGCCUUGUUACCUGAAGGACUGGGAGAUGCAUGUGCAGUUUAAAGUUCAUGGGUCAGGAAAAAAGAAUCUCCAUGGCGAUGGCAUUGCUAUCUGGUACACAAAGGACAGACUGCAUCCAGGCCCUGUGUUUGGAAACCAAGAUCAGUUUCUUGGCCUGGCUAUUUUUUUGGAUACCUUCCGCAAUGACCUCCAUGGAAUGGAUCGUUCCUUCCCGUACAUUUCAGCCAUGGUGAACAACGGCUCAGUGAGUUAUGACCACGGCAAAGACGGACGGUCGUCGGAGCUGGGAGGGUGCUCCGCUGAGAUCAGGAACAGAGAGCACGACACCUACCUCGCCAUCCGCUACUCUAAAGGAAGACUCACUGUGAUGGUUGACGUGGAUGACAAGAAUGAGUGGAAGGAGUGCAUCGACAUCGGAGGUGUUCGUCUUCCCACUGGAUAUUUCUUUGGUGCCUCAGCAGCUACAGGAGAUCUGUCCGAUAACCAUGAUAUCAUCUCCAUGAAGCUCUACCAGCUGAUGGUAGAACACACCCCCGAGGAGGAGAACCUGGACUGGACCAAGAUCGAGCCCAGUGUCAGCUUCCUGAAGUCUCCUAAAGACAACAUUGAUGAUCCUACCGGAAACUUCCGCGGCACGCCCCUCACGGGCUGGAAGGUCUUCCUGCUUCUGCUGUGUGCUCUGCUGGGAAUUGUCGUGUGCGCUGUGGUAGGAGCCGUAGUUUUCCAGAAGAGACAGGAGAGGAACAAGAGGUUUUACUGAGGAGAGAGGAGAGAGAACCACCUCAUCAGAGAGGUGUUUGUUGGGGGAUGAACUGUUUCCAGAUGACAGAUUGAGCACAUUCAAUGUGAAAUUUUUUUCUAAAAGAUUGUACAAAUGUUUAUAUCUUUGGAAAGCUACUGCC